AUGGCGUCUACAGGCGGAAUAACCCUUUUAGCUGCCUUGCUUGCCAUCAUUGUUUCACUGUCGCAUGCUGAUGCUGGAGAAAAGAUUACAGUAACUUAUGAUGGAAGGUCAUUGUUGUUCAAUGGAAAGCGAGAGCUUUUGUACUCGGGUGGCAUCCAUUACCCCCGAAGCCCACCCGAGAUGUGGCCAGACAUUCUUGAUAAGGCAAGACACGGCGGUUUGAAUGUGAUCGAAACUUACAUCUUUUGGAACGCUCAUGAGCCCGUGAGAGGCCAAAGGAACUUUGAGGGAAGCAACGACGUGGUGAAGUUUCUGAAGCUCGUUCAGGAGAAAGGAAUGUACGUAUGCCUCAGAGUUGGUCCUUUCAUCCAGGCUGAAUGGAAUCAUGGAGGGCUCCCAUACUGGCUGAGAGAGGUUCCGGAUAUCGUAUUUCGUAGUGACAACGAACCUUUCAAGAAAUACAUGCAAGAGUUCGUGGUAUUUAUUAUAGACAAGUUGAAGGCCGAGAAUCUGUUCGCUCCUCAAGGAGGGCCCAUCAUCAUGGGACAGAUUGAGAAUGAGUACAACCAUGUCCAACGAGCAUUCAGAGAGAAGGGAGACAGUUACGUUCAAUGGGCAGCGAAACUGGCAGUAGGAUUGAAUCUUGGUAUUCCAUGGGUCAUGUGCAAGCAAACGGAUGCGCCUGAUCCAGUGAUCAAUGCAUGCAACGGAAGACACUGUGGCGAUACCUUUGCAGGCCCCAACAAACCAAACAAGCCUUUCAUCUGGACUGAAAAUUGGACGGCUCAGUACAGAGUGUUUGGAGAUCCUCCAUCCCAAAGAUCUGCAGAAGAUAUUGCCUACUCAGUCGCUCGCUUCUUUGCUAAGAAUGGAGCUAUGGUUAACUAUUAUAUGUACUACGGGGGAACAAAUUUCGGAAGAACAACCUCCGCCUUCACAACUACUCGGUACUACGACGAAGCUCCUCUGGAUGAAUACGGUCUGCAGAAAGAACCCAAAUGGAGUCACCUUCGGGAUGUGCACAGGGCUAUAAACCUGUGUAAGAAGGCUCUCUUGGAAGGCAAACCCACCGCGCAAAAGUUGAACGAAUUCCACGAGGUCAUAGUCUAUGAGAGGCAAGGAAGCGAUUUGUGUGCUGCAUUCUUGACCAACAACCAUACCGAGAAUGCCGGUACCAUAAACUUCAGGGGUCAGGAAUAUUAUCUGCCCUCGCGUUCCAUUAGCAUCCUCCCUGACUGCAAGACUGUAGUAUACAACACUCAAACGAUUGUUUCACAACAUAAUUCGAGGAACUAUAAUACCGCCGCAAGCAAACUUGAUUGGGAGGUGUAUUCCGAAGCCAUUCCGACUACCAAGGAAGUGCCGGUCGAUUCAGAGCAACCUAGAGAGCUUUACAACUUGCUGAAAGACGCCAGCGACUAUGCUUGGUACACCACACGAAUCGAGCUGGGUCCCGAAGACUUGCCGAGGAAGAAUAGCAUACUUCCCGUUCUCCGCGUGGUUAGUAAUGGCCACGGAAUGCUCGCAUUUUGCAAUGGUGUAUUCAUCGGAGCUGCACACGGUAGCCACGAAGAGAAAGGUUUUGGAUUGCAAGUGUCCGUAAACCUUACGGUUGGGGUUAAUCAAAUAACUUUCUUAUGUUAUACAAUAGGGCUGCCUGACAGUGGUGCGUACAUGGAACACAGGUUCGCCGGUCCUACUCGCAUCACCCUCCUCGGUCUUAACACAGGAACAAUUGAUCUUACCGACAAUGGUUGGGGUCAUCAGGUUUCUAUCCAAGGAGAAAAGCAGAACAUUUUCACCGAAGAGGGUGCAAAGAAGUUCCAAUGGAAGAAAGCCACUGGAGAGGGACCCCCUGUCACCUGGUACAAGGCAAGAUUUGCGACCCCAGAAGGAAGGGACCCCGUUGCGAUCAGGAUGACUGGCAUGGGAAAGGGACAGAUAUGGAUAAACGGUAAGAGCAUUGGCCGUCACUGGAUGUCAUACCUCUCCCCUCUGCGACAACCCAGUCAGUCGGAGUACCACAUCCCGCGAGCUUUCUUGAAUAAAAAAGACAAUCUUGUCGUCGUGUUGGAGGAGGAGAAAUCAAACCCCGAAAAGGUCGAGAUCGUGCUCGUGGACAGAGACACGAUAUGCAGUUACAUCACAGACGCACACCCACCCAAUGUGAAGCAAUUCGCCAGCAAGAAGAUGAAAUUGCACGCGAUAGUGGACGAUGUGAAGACUGAAGCAGGCUUGAAGUGCCCUAACUUUAAGAAGGUGACGGCUGUGGAAUUCGCGAGCUUCGGCGAUCCUCAAGGUGCUUGCGGAGGCUAUGACAUAGGGACAUGCAAUUCGCCCGCAGCGAAGCAAGUUGUGGAGCAGCAUUGUAUGGGCAAAAGUAAUUGUACGAUUCCUAUGGACCCUUCAUUAUUCCCCAUCUCCGGCAAUCCCUGCCCGCAGGGCAGGCCCUUGGCUCUCGCUAUUCAAGUGAAGUGUAGCCGCUAGAUGUCAGCUGCUUUCAAGGCCAAAGUAGAUUGCCCUGCUUUCUUUCUCUUCUUCCAAGGGCACCAUGGAUUAGGU